AUGAUUGCUUCACAGUAUCUCUCUGCUCUCACUUUCGUGCUUCUGUUUAAAGAAAGUAGAACCUGGUCUUACCACGCAUCCACGGAAAUCAUGACUUUUGAGGCGGCCAGAGAUUAUUGCCAGAAAACUUACACAGCUCUAGUUGCAAUUCAAAACCAGGAAGAGAUUGAAUACCUGAACUCCACAUUCAGCCACUCACCGAGUUACUACUGGAUUGGAAUCAGAAAGAUCAACGGUACAUGGACCUGGAUAGGGACCAAUAAGUCUUUGACUAAAGAAGCCACAAACUGGGCUCCAGGUGAACCGAACAAUAAGCAAACUGAUGAGGACUGUGUAGAGAUCUACAUUAAGAGAGAAAAGGACUCAGGCAAGUGGAAUGAUGAGAACUGCACCAAAAAGAAGUUCGCCUUGUGUUACAAAGCUGCCUGUACCCCCACAUCCUGCAGCAGCCAUGGUGAAUGUGUGGAGACCAUCAACAACCACACUUGCCAGUGCCACCCUGGCUUCAAGGGCCUCAGGUGUGAGCAAGUUGUGACCUGUCAGGCACAGAAACAUCCUGAGCAUGGGCAUCUGGUUUGCAACCCUUUGGGGAAAUUCACCUACAACUCUUCCUGCUCCAUCAGCUGUGCAGAGGGCUACCUCCCAAGCAGCACAGAGGCCGCUCGGUGCAUGUCCUCUGGAGAAUGGAGCACUCCUCUCCCAAAAUGCAACGUGGUUCAGUGUGAUGCUUUGUCAAAUCCAGACAACGGAGCUGUAAACUGUUCCCAAAACCAUGGAAGCCUCCCAUGGAACACUACCUGUACGUUUGAGUGUCAGGAAGGAUAUAAACUCACUGGACCCCAGCACUUACAGUGUACCUCCUCUGGGAUUUGGGACAACAAGCAGCCAACAUGUAAAGCUGUAACCUGUGCAGCCAUCAGCCAUCCUCAGAACGGCACUGUGAAAUGUAGCCACUCCUUGGUUGGAGAGUUUGCCUUCAAGUCAUCCUGCCACUUCACCUGUGCAGAGGGCUUCGCGUUGCAGGGGCCAGCCCAGGUUGAAUGCACUGCCCAGGGACAAUGGACACAGCAGGUCCCAGUUUGUGAAGUGGUACGAUGUUCACGUUUGGACGUUUCUGGAAAGCUCAACAUGAACUGCAAUGGGGAGCCCAUGCUUGGCACUGAGUGCAUGUUUGCAUGUCCUGAAGGAUGGACGCUCAAUGGCUCUGUAGCGCUGACCUGUGGUGCUACAGGGCACUGGUCUGGGAUGCUGCCAACCUGUGAAGCUCCCACUGUGUCCCAAACUCCCUUGGCAGUUGGACUUUCUACUGCUGGAGUCUCCCUUGUGACAAUACCAUCAUUUCUCUUCUGGCUUCUGAAACGCCUUCAGAAGAAAGCAAAAAAAUUUUCUCCUGCCAGCAGCUGCUCAAGCCUGAAAUCAAAUGGAUGCUACUCAACACCUUCCGAGUUAGUUUAA